AUGGUGCUUGACAGACAAGAGGCUUCGAAGUGGCUCGAGGAUCUUCAUGCAUCAAGUGCCACCCUAGACGCAGACCGCUGGCUCGACGAAUUCUUUACCGAGGAUGUCAGUCUCCAGUACUCGAACAAUCCAGUCAUUCAGGGUCCCUCCGUGAGAGCCAUGUUCAAGACGGUAUUUGCAAAACUCGAUGUCAUGACCCAUGAAGUCCUUUACUUUGACGUCGUCGGAUCGAAGAUAUAUCAGGCGGCCAAGAUUCGCUAUGUUGUCAAGGGCGAUGAUCCCGAGCGCGAUGUGAUCGAAAUCCCAGGGUUUGCCGUCUUCUUCCUCCGGGAAAGGCAUGAAGAGAGACCAAAGCUAUAUCGCGCAGAAACUUACCUCAAUCCCACCGAGAUUUUCAGCAGGAUAACUGAGAAAGGUCUUUGA